UCAUGUUACUGAGCGGAGCUUCUCCUGCCGGCUCCGGCCCGGGGCCGCGGGCGCAGGGGAGCGCGGGGGGCGGCCCGGCUGGAUCGCGCCGGGGCGCCGGAGGUGCGGGAACCGGCCCAGGAGGGGGCGGCAGCGGCGGAGUGGCCAAGUGGCUCCGGGAGCACCUGGGCUUCCGCGGGGGGGGCGGCGGCGGAGGUGGGGGCAAGCCGGCGCCCCCGGAGCCGGACUACCGCCCCCCCGCACCUUCCCCGGCCGCGCCCCCCGCACCUCCCCCGGACAUCUUGGCCGCCUACCGACUGCAGAGGGAGCGCGACUUUGAAGACCCUUACUCCGGGGGGCCGUCCGGCUCCGCUGCUCUAGCCACCCCUGCCGUUCCCGGCCCCACGCCGCCCCCGCGCCACGGCUCGCCACCCCACCGCCUUAUUCGGGUCGAGACCCCUGGCCCCCCAGCGCCUCCUCCCGAGGAACGGAUCUCUGGACCACCCGCCAGCAGCGACAGGCUAGCAAUUCUAGAAGACUAUGCGGAUCCGUUUGAUGUUCAGGAGACUGGUGAAGGCCCAAUAGGAGCUUCAGGAGCCCCAGAGAAGGUCCCCGAGAAUGACGGUUACAUGGAGCCCUAUGAGGCCCAAAAGAUGAUGGCCGAGAUCCGGGGCUCCAAGGAGACAGCAGCUCAGCCCUUGCCUCUGUAUGACACGCCCUAUGAGCCAGAGGAGGAGGAGGGGGCCACACCGGAAGGUGAGGGGGCCUCCUGGCCCCGGGAGUCCCGCCUGCCAGAGGAUGAUGAGAGGCCCCCUGAGGAGUAUGACCAGCCCUGGGAGUGGAAGAAGGAGCGGAUUUCCAAAGCCUUUGCAGUUGACAUUAAGGUCAUCAAAGACCUACCUUGGCCUCCACCGGUGGGACAGCUGGACAGCAGCCCCUCCCUUCCCGACGGGGACAGGGACAUCUCCGGUCCAGCCUCACCCCUCCCUGAGUCCAGCCUGGAGGACGGCAGCGCCCAGUUUGAAGGAUCUGAGAAGAGCUGCCUGUCACCUGGCCGGGAGGAGAAGGGGCGGCUCCCUCCCCGACUCUCUGCAGGGAACCCCAAGUCAGCCAAGUCCCUAAGCGUGGAGCCCAGCAGCCCCCUGGGGGAGUGGACAGACCCAGCACUGCCUCUGGAAAACCAGGUCUGGUACCACGGGGCCAUCAGUCGAACAGAUGCCGAGAACCUGCUCCGGCUGUGCAAAGAGGCCAGCUACCUGGUACGCAACAGUGAGACCAGCAAGAACGACUUCUCCCUGUCCCUCAAGAGCAGUCAGGGCUUCAUGCACAUGAAGCUGUCCCGGACCAAGGAACACAAGUAUGUGCUGGGCCAGAACAGCCCGCCCUUCAGCAGCGUCCCUGAAAUCGUGCACCACUACGCCAGCCGCAAGCUGCCCAUUAAGGGGGCCGAGCACAUGUCCCUGCUCUACCCUGUGGCCAUCCGGACUCUGUAGGUGUGAAACCUGGGCAUUGUGACAGAUCUGGACCCAGCCCUGUGCUCAUCCCCUGGCUGAGGGCUGUGGCCCUUCCUGGGCCACAUGA